AUGACUACCCACAACACCAACGCCGCUUGCUGCACGAUUCCUCCAGUUCUCUCUGAUUAUACGCCCAAAGGCACAUUCAAGAGUGUCGGUAGCUUCAACAAGGUCUAUGUUACUGGUCCAGAAACAAGCACCAAUGCCAUCGUUUGUGUCUACGACAUCUUCGGCUUUUAUCCACAGACCCAGCAAGGUGCAGAUAUCGUGGCAUCGACUUUGAAAACAACAGUCUACAUGCCCGAUUUCUUCGAGCCUGACGGUCCUUUCCCUCAUGAUCCCUUCCCUCCGACUACCGAUGAGGGCAAGCAAGCUUUGCAGAACUUUUUUGCUACCACAGCCAAUCCACCUAAGAACGUUGCCAAGUUGAUUGAGUUUGGGACCCUUUUGAAAACGAACGGGGCUGCAAAGGUUGGCGCUUAUGGAUUCUGCUGGGGCGGAAAGGUCACUGUAUCUGCGGGAGGGGAGAAUACACCAUUUUCUUCUGUUUCCAUUAUUCAUCCUGCAAUGCUGUCGGCUGAGGAUUCGGAAAAGCUCACCAUACCUUUGGCGAUUUACCCCUCGAAAGAUGAACCCAAGGAGGAAUUUGAGAAAAUCGUCAGCAUUUUGUCUGAAAAAUCCUUCGCUUCCCUUUGUGACCACAAGUACUACUCGACAAUGCAUCACGGUUGGGCCGCUGCUCGGGGUGAUCUCAAGAAUGAGGAGAACAAGAAGGAGUUCGAGGACGUCUACACAAAGCUCGUCAACUUCUUCAAGAAGACAUUGGCUUAA